AUGGGGCCUGCUCGCCAGACAGCAGAAGUUAACAGCUUUGAUGAAGCCCCAAGAAACGUGCAUUCGCUCCUCUUGGCACAUUCAAGGAUCGGGCCCAACGAGGACGAGUCAGCGCUGUCCGACUCAAAGGUCAAGCUCUUUGAGGGUGAUGUACAGCAUUUCGCUGUUGCUGACUGGAUCAUAUGCGAAACAAAACGGCGUUUUGAAAACUCUGGCAUUGAUCAGCUAGUAAAACUAGAAGGCAUCUUGAUCAGUGCCGCUGAGGGAAUUCAGUUUACAGCAGAUAAACUAGAGACGCUUUUGGGAGUACAUGCAGUUGACUUUGACCUGUGCAGGCUCUGACCUGUGUAGGCGCAGUUUCUGCUUCUACCAACUCUUCUAUGUGACGCUGGUUCUCUCACUACCCUAACCAUUUUGGAGAGCCUCCAAAGGAAAUCAGAAACUAUUCGCGACUUGCUCGAUCAGGUCGUAAGAUAUGUCCAGCUUCUGUUGUCUAUACCUACAUCUGUCGCUACUGGGGAGCGCUCUUUUAGUGCUCUGCGUCGAGUAAAAACGUACUUGCGCAACCGAAUGACUCAGAGGAGGUUAUCGCACCUCCUGAUGCAUCGUAUACACAAGGAAAGGACGUCAGUCCUCAAGUUAGAAGACAUCAUCAAAGAACUCGUGAGCAGAACAGCAGAGCGAGCAGCAACCUUUCGUCCCACCUAG